CCCCUCAACGCGACAAUGCACAAAAGAAACCCGGCCCAAAUUCCGGGUUGGUUGUCGGCGCAGCCUAUUCCCAUGCCGACAUGCUCAAAUUUGAAUCUCUGUACGUUGUUUCACCCCCCACCUCUUCCCGGAUAGGUCUGGCGACACUGACAAGGAACAAGAAAUCUGUCCAGCAGUUCUUCCUCGAGACCAAAGACCCCGCCGUCGUCCAGCACAAACAGGACCCGACCCAGCGAAUCGUCCCCCACCGCUCGCUCCAAUCAAGGAACCUCAACUCCUCCUUUCAAAACAUACAUGAAUUUUCUCUCCAAUACGAAUGAUGAUUGGAAGGCGGACGAGGAAGACGACAUGAUCGGGUAUGAUGAUGACGAUGACGGCGACGAUUUUGGUCUUCCCAGCCUGUCCAACAUGAAAAGGAGAGAUCGAAAGAUUGCUGCGCAAAGGACAGACUCGAAAGGGACCUUGCUAUCCCCCGCGCCCGAGGGCUCGUUUAGCGGCCUGGGAAGUCGUCGAUAUUCGAACAGUGCAGAUAUUGCGAUAGAAAGGCCGGCACAGCCAUACCCCAUGCCCAAGAAGAGCGAAGGCAAAAUAUUACGGCCGCAAUAUAAAGACAUUUUGCGAGACCCCGCCAAUGCGCUUCAUCUAAUCAACUACCCGACUGUACCAACCGAUGCAACACCCAAAGAGGUUGAUGCCGCCAACUCGCGCAUCUCUCGCAUCAACAAGUUCAAAAAGCUUCUUCAGGCCUCGACGAUUCCUCUGGCAGACCUCCGCCAACUAGCUUGGUCUGGGGUUCCGGAGGAGGUCCGGGCCAUGACAUGGCAGCUCCUACUCAGCUAUCUCCCUGCAAGCAGCGAAAGACGAGUGGCAACGCUUGAAAGGAAAAGGAAGGAAUAUUUAGACGGUGUUCGACAGGCAUUUGAGAGAGGAGCGGCCAAUCCGACUUCGGCAGGCAAGGCGAGGGGUCUGGAUGAAGCCAUCUGGCAUCAGAUUAGCAUCGACGUGCCCCGGACAAAUCCGCACAUCGAGCUAUACGGCUACGAAGCAACGCAACGAUCAUUGGAAAGGAUCCUGUACGUCUGGGCCGUGCGGCAUCCCGCCAGUGGCUACGUGCAGGGAAUCAACGACCUGGUCACGCCGUUCUGGCAGGUCUUCCUAGGGAUUUAUAUCACAGAUCCCAAUGUGGAAAAGGGAAUGGAUCCGGGGCAGCUUCCGAAGUCCGUACUGGAUGCGGUCGAGGCUGACUCGUUCUGGUGCCUGACGAAACUUUUGGACGGGAUCCAAGACCACUAUAUCGUUGCGCAGCCAGGGAUUCAGCGACAGGUCGCAGCCUUGAGAGACCUUACGGCCAGGAUUGACUCUACCCUUGCGAAACACCUCGAGAGCGAGCACGUCGAGUUCAUACAGUUUAGUUUCCGGUGGAUGAACUGUCUCCUUAUGCGCGAGAUUAGCGUCAAAAACACCAUUCGGAUGUGGGAUACAUACUUGGCCGAGGAGCAAGGCUUCUCCGAGUUCCAUCUAUAUGUUUGCGCGGCUUUCCUGGUCAAGUGGUCAGAUAAGCUGGUCAGGAUGGACUUUCAGGAGAUCAUGAUGUUCCUACAGAGUCUGCCGACGAAGGACUGGACGGAAAAGGACAUCGAGCUUCUUCUCAGCGAGGCAUUCAUUUGGCAGAGUCUGUUCAAGGGCUCUUCUGCGCAUCUCAGGGGUCAACCCAGUCGUGCGCCAUCUACGAAUCUACAAUUAUAGUAAUCACGCAUGUACAAACGUCAUUCUCAAACACCCUAGACUCGCCUUAAUAUUCGAGUCCAUGAGUCCAUGCAUGAAGUUAGGAAGUAGUGGAAGUGCGUUCGCGAUAACUGCUUUUCUUGUUUGGUUGGGGGGCAUAUGCUAUGAGUUCGAUACGCUUCAUCAGCAUCGAGUAACAAAUGUCAGGGGCCCAAAAAGAAACCGGGUUGGAUCAACGAGUCCACGUUCACCCAAGAUUGUUGUAAUUGGGUAAGGUAGUUUUAUCAUCUUGCGACUCAAAGAAGGGUUCGCCGGGGCUGUUCACAAAUACAUGGAAUGUUUGGUAUCGAU